UGAAGUAGUUAAGGGAGUAGCCUAGCAGUAGCAGUGCAGAGGCGGCGAGGGAUUUUGGAGGUCGGCAACGGAAAUGGUGCAGCGGCUCACUUAUCGGACGCGUCACAGCUAUGCCACAAAAUCGAACCAGCAUAGAGUAGUGAAAACUCCAGGAGGGAAAUUGGUGUACCAGAGCACGAAGAAGCGAGCUAGUGGACCUAAAUGCCCCGUCACUGGCAAGAGAAUUCAAGGGAUUCCCCAUUUGAGACCUGCCGAGUACAAGAGGUCUAGGUUACCGAGGAAUCGAAGAACUGUAAACCGUGCUUACGGUGGAGUAUUGUCCGGAAGUGCUGUGAGGGAGAGGAUUAUUCGGGCAUUCCUGGUUGAAGAGCAGAAAAUUGUGAAGAAAGUUCUGAAGAUUCAGAAAGCAAAGGAAAAACAAGCUUCCAAGAGCUGAAUGUGAAGCUUAUAUAUAUGAUGAUGAUGAUGAUGAAAGAUGUUUGGUAUGAAUAUGAAGUGUAAUUUUGGAUUUGGUUGAGAUUAUUGAUAUUUUGCAUCCGUCGACAAAUUAUUAUGAUUAUUAUUAGUGAUUAUGUAGAAUGUUGUGUUGUUGAUGUUGAUUGUGAAUUUGUGA